AUGGUAGAUUCUCCCGACGAGCCUAGCUUAUUAGAUCGAAGCAGAUCUAGCCCAACGCAUGCCUCAUCGAAUCCUUUCGGGGCAGGCAGCCACAAUCCUGCCUCAACCCUAGACGGUAAGCCCGCCAUCGGCCAUAGCGAGACCUCACCGCGACACAUCGCCAAAGAUGGCAUUGUCAACAGCACCAAUCCAUCUGGAAGUGCCAACAACCAUCAUGUUGCCGACUCCAUAUCUACAGCCCUGCCACCUCCAGCACCUCCUCCGAAUGAGAAAGGACAAGGAGCGGAAUCUACCACCAUAAUAGAUGAAGAGAAUGAGGAGAAACCGACCAUCUUAUUCCGCUUCUACGCUUGUUGCAAGGACAUCUUGUUUGCAAGUUGGAUCAAUGUACUCUUGGUCUUUGUGCCAGUAGGCAUAGUCGUCCAGGCGGCUGGUGUAGAUAAGACCAUCGUCUUUGCAAUGAAUGCUAUCGCUAUCGUACCUCUUGCUGGACUACUUAGCUAUGCCACUGAAAGUGUCGCAAGCGAGAUGGGAGACACCAUCGGCGCCCUGAUGAACGUGACUUUCGGUAACGCGGUCGAAUUGAUUAUCUUCAUUGCCCUUGCCAAAAAUGAAAUUGGUAUCGUACAAGCAUCACUUCUUGGAUCGAUUCUCGCCAAUCUGCUAUUCAUCCUUGGCAUGUGUUUCUUGUUUGGUGGUCUCCGUUUCCAAGAGCAGAUCUACAACAGCACCGUCACGCAAAUGAGUGCUUGCUUGCUCAGCUUGAGCGUCAUGAGCCUUCUCUUACCCACAGCGUUUCAUGCCUCGUUCACCGAUAACGCUAAAGCUGACCAGGCCGUGCUGCAAAUCAGCCGUGGUACAAGUAUAAUUUUGCUUCUCGUUUAUGUUCUAUAUCUACUAUUUCAGCUGAGGACUCAUGCAUACCUUUAUCAAAGUACCCCACAGCAUGUGAUUGACGAGGAGUCUCAUCCAGGCCUCUUGCACGACGUUUUCGAUACGUCAAGCUCAUCUAAUGAUUCAUCCUCAUCCAGUGGAACUGAUAGUGACGAAUCAUCUGGGUCUAACACUACUGCGAAACGCAUCAAGCGUGUUUUGACACGAGGAAGAAAACGCCGUAAAUCGUCUGCAGGUUCCACUGAUACUCCUAGCGCACUCUCAACUAUUCGUACUCCAUCGGCGAACACGUUCAGCCCCGCUGCUGACGAAAAGGAGCACAGUCAAUUCGCCCCUAUGACUUCGACUUCAAACUCUACAAUCCUAGCAAGCGGUGAAGAUGCAGACGAUGAAAGGACCGCGCCACAUCGUUCAAUUGAGAAGAGGCAGCCCACUGUCAAUUUUCUUGAUUUUGAGAAGACAGCAUCUAGCUCUAGCACGACCUCUCCUGAGUUGAAGAAGCACAAAAAGUCCAAGAGAAAGCACCGAAAAGCCGAAAGACUGAACGAGAAAUCAGCCGAAAUUCCACAAAUGCCAGAAAGGACCAACGCGAAGACGCUCGUCGACUCUACACCUCGUCCUUCUACUUCUCGCGUUGUCGACUUUCAAGACCGUGCUCUAACUGCUGCUGAAAACUCACCUAAGCGACCAUUCAACAUCCGUGGACGUUCGGUGCGCGACGCCCUGCCUGCAAUUCCCGCCAUGCCAAAGCUGAUGACGAACACGGUCUUUUCGACAGCCAACCCGAAUGGUCAAGUAAAUGUACCAAUCGCAGUAACAGGAAUCACACCACGUGCACUUCACCGUUCCAAUUCGCUACCCGGUCGUCUUGACCAGGCAGCGCGUCAGACAAGUCGUCAAGCUCCGGCAGCACCACCACUACAGCCGCAGCCUUAUCUGGCCCCUGUGACGAACGCUGAUACGGCUAAUGAUGCUGACGUGAAACCCCACAAGAAGUACAUGUCACGUAAUGCUGCAAUGCUUCUGCUGGUCAUCUCUACUGGGCUAGUAGCUGUCUGCGCUGAGUUCCUUGUGGCUAGCAUCGACCACCUUGUGGACAAUACAUCCGUGAGCCAGGCCUUCAUUGGUCUCAUUAUCCUCCCAAUUGUCGGAAAUGCAGCUGAGCACGUCACAGCCGUGACAGUUGCGAGCAAGAACAAAAUGGAUCUCGCAAUAGGUGUGGCUGUAGGCUCGUCUAUCCAAAUUGCGCUCUUUGUCACUCCUGUCAUCGUACUGCUCGGCUGGAUGAUGGGCAAGGCCAUGACAUUAUACUUUUCCCUGUUUGAGACCAUUAGCUUGUUCGUUUCAGCUUUCAUUGUAAACUUUCUGGUCCUCGAUGGUAGGAGUAAUUAUCUGGAAGGGGCUCUGCUCAUUGCUGCAUAUAUCAUCAUUGCUGUCGCUGCUUUCUUCUACCCUGAUCCGGACGAAACAAGCAAAAUCUCCGGAUCUAAUGCAGGUCACAAGAUGCUCAUGGCAAUGCUGUAA